AGGUUGCCAUUUGCCCUUUGACAGUUAAUCUCGACCUGGAAGGUUCUUCCGUCUUCGUGUGCAGUUUAUAAACAUGUUUUGUGUACAAAAUGAAUGAUCAAUGACUAGAGGGAUAGAUUGAGAACUGAGCUAUCGCAAAAUGAAAUUAUGGGUUUACAUGAGAAUAUGUCAUCUAUAAAAGGGUCAAAGGAUGUCACCUGAAUUUGAUGAAAGCGAUUUUAAUUUGAUAUGUGGCACCUGUGGCAUUGUGCUUAAUGAUGAGGAAUCUCGAAUUAAACAUGAAAACAUGUGCAAACCUUAUGGUAGGUCUUGCACAGAAAAUUUCACCGAAGACCCAAAUUUCCCAUCAGAUCCAGUUUUCGAUGUUGAGUUGAUAAACAUUGUGGAUUCAUAUUCGUCAAGGACUCUACAACGAGCGGUUUCACCAUUGCCAGACAUAUACGACCAGUCAACGGAGGGAAGCAUAUAUGAUCCUGACAGCGAUGCUACGGGAGAUGAAACAAUUGGCAAAACGCCGGACAUACCGAAUGAAGUGUUAAGUGGUGCUUUAUCAACACAUUCAGAGUUAAAUCGACCAGGAGGUGAAUUGGACUAUUUAUUAGAUGAAGACGCAGAUAUCUUCAGUCAAGAAUUGAUCCACAUUUGUACACAUUGUGGACAGGCUUUUACCGAUAAUGUCUUGCAUGAUGAGCAUGAAAAAGCUUGCAGUAAAACAUCAGUGACAGAAUUACCUCAACAAUUAGAUUUGGAUGACAUCAAUAUCAAGAAUACAAUGAAUGCAACAUCCAGUACUCCUCACAAGAAAAGAAAAUGUCAUUGUGAAAUGGGUGAGAAAUGUUUUACUAGAAAAGUGGAGCAUUUUGAACAAAAAGACCACCCUCAUUUGCAAGAUCUGCUCGAGAAAAUUGGCAAUGGGGACUUGAUUAUACCACAUGAUUAUAUUCCAAAAAUAAGCAAACGGACUCUACUUGAACAGUUGGAAAUUGUAAAGUCAUUAAAUGAAAAUAUUGUAGUACUCAAUGAAUCUACAGUGCCGACAGACCUUGAGAUCCUUGAAGGAAUAAAUAAAAAGAAUUGCAAAAGUGAUAUAUGUAUGUAUGGCGAACAAUGUUAUAGGAAAAAUCCUCACCAUUUUAUGUACUAUCGGCACCCUCAUCUUGAAAAAAUAAUAAUGGAAUAUGGUGAUAAAAUGCCAGAAAUGACCAAUUUGAAAAUAAGCAAACAAACGCUUAAAGAACAGUUGGAAUUUGUAAAGAAAUUCCACUGCUCCACUGAUAAAAAGUCUGAAGAAUCUGUUGAAAACGAAAGACCAUCAACUUCAACAAAUUCUAUGGCCAGUGAUGCUGUGUCAAAACCAUCAAAAGUCUCUCUAGAGCACGAAAAAAACAUGGAAUCUGAAAGAAAAUUUCGUAUAGUUGUUCUAAAUAGGGCAAAGUAUAAAGUUAUCGACAAAAUGAAACUUGCAACACCAUACAAUUUGUUUCUAACAACUAUCUCCGAUUCUCCAGUGACACAUUCAGAGAUGAAUUCACUAUGCUUCCCAGAAUUAUUAGAUCCAGCUAUGGGAGAUUUGGAAAGCUCUUUACAAAUAAAUUUCAUGGUUCAAUUUGGCUGGUUACUUGCACAAUAUCAAAUAAUGGGACAUAGAGGCAAACCUUUAACAUUGAUGUAUGGGGACAUAGACAUGGAAAUCGACGGGAAAUUUAGCAAUUUUUUGGAGUCGGCCAAGAUAAUACCUCCUUCUCCUUUUGGUACACACCAUACGAAAAUGAUGGUGUUUCAUUAUACAGAUAAAAGCAUAAGGGUUGUUGUUUCUACAGCUAAUCUGGUAGAAACAGAUUGGGAUAACAGAACUCAAGGAUUGUGGGUCAGCCCAAGAUGCCCCCCUCUUGAACCAGGUAGUGAUACAAUGUCUGGUGACAGUGUUACAAAUUUCAAACGUGAUUUACUCAGAUAUUUGUCAAAUUACAAAAUACCACAAAUUGUACCAUGGACUAACAGAAUUGCUCAAUGUGACAUGUCUUGCAUAAGCGUUUUCUUCAUAGCGUCAGUCCCUGGAAAUCAUGUCGCAAAUAAGGACUUAUGGGGCCAGACAUGUUUACGAAGAGUUCUUAAUGAAGCGCAUACCAUACCAGAGAAAAACAGUUACCCGGUUAUAGUACAGAGUUCAUCGAUUGGAUCUCUUGGUCCGAAUCCUGAUUCGUGGUUGCUGGGGGAUAUGUUAACGACAUUAACAAGCGGGAAAAAAGAUGGCUUGUAUCAAAGACCUUCUCUGAAAUUUGUUUACCCGAGCUAUAAUAAUAUAAUUAACAGCUAUGAAGGAAUUUUGGGUGGAGGAUGUCUGCCAUAUUCUAAAAAAACUCAAGAUAAACAGCCAUGGGUUACGAGUUUUAUGUGUCAAUGGAUUAGUGAAAAGAGACAUCGUACCAGAGCACCUCCACAUAUAAAAACAUAUUGUCGUGUCUCCCCUGACAACUCAAAACUGUCAUAUUUUCUAUUAACAAGUGCUAAUUUGUCAAAAGCUGCUUGGGGAAAUAUUUCAAAGACGGGUUCGAUUAACAUUUUGUCUUAUGAGGCCGGAGUUUUAUUUGUUCCACAGUUAUUUUUUGGAACGGAUUAUUUUCCAUUGAAAGAUGAAAUUAACGAAUUGGCACUUCCUCUGUUCCCAUUGCCUUAUGAUUUACCACUUACACCAUAUGAAUUACAAGAUGUCCCAUGGGUAAUCGACCAUAUUUUAUAAAUACAAUAACAUAAUGAUUAUAAACUGUGAUCAAUAAGUUUUAAGUUGUUGUCAAAUAAACGUUAUUUAUACAAAUAA